AUGAAAAAAGUAGAAAAAGCAGUAGAAGGAGCCCAUCAUGAACUUAUGGAAUUAAUCGAUAAACAAAGAGUAAAAAUAAUAAAAGAACUUGAACCAAUCACGAAAGAAAUUCGGUAUCAUCGAGAAGAAGAAACUUUUGUUGAAAAUGAUAUUGACCGGCUUACACAAAAAAUUAACGAAAUCCAAAAGAUACUUGAACAAUUCAUUCGACAAGCUACACAAAUUCAUCAUUGUCGAGAAUGGUCACAAUGA